AUGGAAAGUGAAUCUGCACGAAAAGAAUUGACGGAAGCGGAAAAAGCACGAAUUGAAAGAAAUAGACUGAAAGCUCAACAUUUGCGAGAAUCAAAAGUUGCAAUUUCAAAGGAAGAUGAAGGGUCUAAUACCAUUAAAAUCAAUGGAUCAAAAUAUAUUGACACUGCUGGUGGUUUCCUGCUUGAUGAGCGUGAACAAGAAGAAGAAGAAAGCGAACGUGCAGCUAAAAUUGCAAAAAUUUUCGAAGAAGAUGCUACAGAUAUUCCAUUAGCGUAUCAAAAAUGUGUCGAAUGUGAUGAGGAAUUUGCCGAUUCUUAUUUGUAUAAAAACUUUGGCUUCAGUUGUUGUGACAAGUGUAAGAAUGAAGAAAACAGCAUGUUGAUAACAAAGACAACAGCUCGUGAUGAAUUCCUUCUAAAAGAUUGCGAUUUUGAUCGUCGCGAACCACCACUCAAGUUUAUUUCUCGUAAAAAUCCCCACAAAUCAACAUGGGCUGAAAUGAAACUUUAUUUACGUUCACAAGUUGAAGCGAGAGCUUUGGAAGUUUUCGAAUCAUUGGAGAAGAUUGCACAAGAAAAGCAAAUACGAGAAGAAAAGAAAGAAAUGGCAAAAGCAAAGAAAUUCAACAAGAAAUUAAGUGAACUCAGGAAGACCGUCAGAUCAACUCUCUACGAUAAAACUACGAAAAAACACGAACACGAAUUUGGUGAAAGCACUUACAAUCCUGAAACUGAAGAAUAUUUCCAUGAAUGCUUGAAAUGUGAAUAUUCAGAAACAUAUGAAGAACUUUAA